UUUUAAAAACACGCCUCUAUUUCGGAGGUGGUCAACAGUACGAAUAAUUACCGGGUCUAUUUCUUGUCACUGGCAGUGCUGCGUCCCUUCUACGCUCUCUUGUGCUGGCCGCCAUCUUGAAUUUUAAUGUUAAUUUUCUGGAAAAUUUUUGUUUCCUCCGGUAUUUUACUGAAGGGAUUACAUGUCAAUUCCGGACACACAGGAAGGAGCAUUCAUACUCCAAGAGAAACGUCAAAGAUACGCCAGAAGAACCAUCCUCCCACCCUCACUCUACAGGGCGCCUCCAAUACAGAGACUAAAUGCACCUGAACCAGGCGGCUUGUUGGCAUGAAGUGGCUGGGAGAAUCCAAGAACAUGGUGUUAAAUGGCAGGCGGCACAGCAGCAGGUUCUCCAGUGAGCAGCCCCUGGGCCAGGCCCGCCCCCAGCAGCCCCAGCGGGCCCACAGCAAACCCUCCCCCAGUAGCCGGAGAAGUAGCCGACGUUUCAAUGCUGCACCUCUGGAGGCAGAAAGGCGCUAUAUCCCCUCCUCGGGGAUGACUGCCAAGGAGCUGUGUGAGAAUGAUGACCUGACCACCAGUCUGAUCCUCGACCCCUACCUGGGCUUUCAAACCCACAAGAUGAAUACCAGGUUUCGGCCCAUUAAGGGAAGACAGGAGGAGCUCAAGGAGGUGAUAGAGGCCUUCAAAAAGCAUGACAACCUCGAGAAAGCCUUCCAAGCCCUGACUGCUGGAGACUGGGCCAGACACUACUUUCUCCACAAGACCAAGUCCCAGGAGAAACUCUUCAAAGAGCAUGUGUUCAUCUAUCUGCGAAUGUUUGCCAUGGACAGUGGGUUUGAGAUCCUGCCAUGUAAUCGAUAUUCCUCGGAGCAAAAUGGAGCCAAAAUCGUCGCCACGAAAGAGUGGAAGAGGAACGAUAAGAUUGAGUUCUUGGUGGGCUGCAUCGCCGAGCUGUCGGAGAGCGAGGAGAACAUGCUGUUGCGGCACGGGGAGAACGACUUCAGCGUCAUGUACUCUACCCGCAAGAACUGCGCCCAGCUGUGGCUAGGACCUGCCGCUUUCAUCAACCACGAUUGUCGGCCAAAUUGCAAGUUUGUCUCUACUGGGCGAGACACGGCCUGUGUGAAGGUUCUGAGGGACAUUGAACCAGGGGAAGAAAUCUCCUGCUACUACGGUGAUGGCUUCUUUGGGGAAAACAAUGAGUUUUGUGAAUGCUACACAUGUGAACGACGAGGCACUGGUGCUUUCAAAUCAAAAGCUGGACCUCCUGCAGCAACCCCUGUGAUAAACAGCAAGUAUGGCCUGAGAGAGACGGACAAACGGCUCAACAGGCUAAAGAAGCUGGGAGAGGGCAGCAAGAACUCAGACAACCAGUCUGUGGGCUCCUACACAGACGCCGACACUCAGGAAAUACCUAAUGCAGAUUCAUCUGUGAAGAAAAGGACAUCCACCGCUGUGAAAAGGUUCAGCAAAACCCAGACUCUAUCCAGGCAGUCUCUGCCAAGAGCUCUUAACUCUACCUCACAUUCUAAACAAAGUCAUACGAGUAACUCCAGGGUACCAAAGAAACUGAGAUCGAAAGCCACAAGGCCUUUGCUCACACAAGUGAAGUUGAGGAGCCGGAGGCGCGGGUCUCAGCAGAAGGCCUCCUGUAAAGUGGGCAUAGGCAGCUUGGGUUUGAAGGAGCCCAAGGUGGUCCUCUGUAAAAAUGUCUCUGUGAAGAGAGAGGCUGCGAGGGGACCAGCGCAGGCUGAGGGGCCGAGGGGCUGCCUGACGCGGCACGCGGCGAAGGAGAACAAUCACAAAGGAGCUAGCGUGUGUGAUGGAAGUUUGUCUUGCACUUACAGAACUCGGAGGUCAGCCCGGACUCUGCUGAGCACGCAGACAUCAGCGGGCAUCAAGGUUGAGCCCAAGCUGCUGGAUGUGCCAGGGAGCAUUAUCAUAAAGACAGAGCCCGCUGACUUCCAGGAGUACCUGCCCCGUGACCUCACACUUAGGGAGUCCAGCCAGGAAGCCACCUGCCCCAGGAAGGGGGCAUGCCCGCGGCGGAGAAGGCCAUUGCAGGUCCGACCCAUGAGGACAGUAAAGCUCGAGGAAGGCAGCCCCUACAGUGAGGCUUUCAUCCAGGAGGGUGAGCCAGACAGGCAGAACACGGCAUGUGCUGCUGAUGUAGCUGACUGCGGAACGGUGCUGCUGGGGCUCUCAGAACGGCACCUGGAGUACAAAGGGGCUGCCAAUGGUACCAAGCCUCCUGGCAGGGACAAGACCAAGGGCAAGUACCGGGUGGUGGGAAAGGGCAAGAAGAAGCGGCGGAUAACGCGCUAUGACGCGCAGCUGAUCCUGGAGAACAGCUCAGGGAUCCCCAAGCUGACGCUGCGCAGGCGGCGGGACAGCAGCAGCAGCAAGACCAACGAGCGGGGUGAGGCAGAGACCAUCAACUCCUCAGCCUCCUCCAAGAUCAGCAUCAAGUUCAGCAAAGACCGCAACAAGGACAAAGGCAGCUCCUAUAUUGCCAAGCUCAACAAUGGCUUCAGCUCUGUUGCCCAUGGCAGCUCCACCAAGCUGAAGAUCCAGCUGAAGCGUGAGGAGGAGGGCCGGGCCGUCAGCCAGAUGCUCCCUGUGGAGCUGAUAUCCAAUGGGGUUGCAGUGGGGGAGGGAGGGGAGGGACUGGUGGGGAGAGGUGGGGGCCAUGGGCCUCGAAAUGCAGAGGGGUCCUCAUCGGAGGAGGACGAGGAGGAGGAGGAGGAGGAGGGUGAUGACUAUUUUGAUGAUGAGUUUGAGGACGAUUUCAUUCCACUCCCGCCAGCAAAACGUUUGCGACUCAUUGUGGGGAAAGACUCUAUAGACAUUGACAUCUCCUCUAGGAGACGAGAGGAUCAGUCACUGAGGCUCAAUGCAUAAGCUCUGAGGGUCCUUGCUGGACCUUAAUGUACAUAAAGCUAACUAUUCAAUCAACAAUGCGUUGAUUUAAAAAGAAAAAAACUAGUAAUUUAAUUGAAAGAAGCUGAUGAUAAUAAAAAAGCUACAAAGUUACACAAAAUCAGAUCAAUGUGGGGAAAAAACUUUAAA